UCGCCUCCGAGGAGGAGCCGCGCGGGGCGCCAGGAAGGGACGUAGCGCCGGCCGGAGUGCGGGCGACGGAGCGGCGGCGAUGGGGCGCAUCGAGUGGGCCAUGUGGGCGAACGAGCAGGCGCUGGCGGCCGGCCUGAUUCUUGUGACUGGUGGCAUCGUGGCUGUCUCUGCCCAGUUCCAAGGCUGGAAGUUCGCGGCCUAUGCAGUAGCAGCUGGAGUCUUUGUUUGCCUGCUGGAAUAUCCCCGUGGGAAAAGGAAAAAAGGUUCCACCAUGGAGAGAUGGGGUCAGAAGUAUUUUACAGCAGUGGUGAAGGUAUUUGGACCACUCACUAGGAAUUACUACAUUAGAGCCAUCCUACAUGCAAGCUUGGCUGUUCCUGCGGGGUUCUUGCUGUCCACCAUCCUGGGCACCGUAUGCCUGGCUAUAGCAAGUGGCAUCUACUUACUGGCUGCCAUCUGUGGCGAAGAGUGGAAUCCCAUUGAAUCCAAGCCACGAGAACGGCUGGAAGUGGGUACCACCAUUAAAUACCCUCCAACUAACCCGCCGCCUCGACCGCCAGUGGAUGCCCGCAGGAAGCAGGCUGACGAGGAGGUCAGGGGUCAAGACAACGCGGUUGUCGUGCAGGAUGAGUGACGGAUCGUGCUGCUGCUGCUGCCGCCACCCUGGGGGAAGCCACUUUGGGACUUCCUGUGCUAUGCUUAGUGGAAAGGAGAGGCGCCCUGCUCUGGCUGACCUGCCUCUCCCACGAACACCCCUCUCUGCCAGCCUGUUGCUUACCCACUUGUCCCUGGCUGCUCACCAGGCACAGUGGCAGCUGUGUUUCUUUAGCCACGGAGUCCGGCGGCAGCCACGUUCUCUAUCUCCACGCCAGCAGGAGGAGAGUUACAAAGCUCCAGGCAGUGGAGGGCGGGGAGAGGGCACCUCUAGCCACUUCCGGAGAGUUGUGCUGGGCUCGCUGCCCUCUCGGGCUGUCUUGGACUCUUUUGUGUGUGUUGGAACAUUAUAAUAAAAAAUGAGUGAAAGAC